UCACACCCUUUCAUACCACAUUGCUAGCGCUUUAAGUACCCACCUUUCAACAAUUUUUCUAAACAAACCAAGUCAGAACCAAGUUGAAAGCUUUAAGCUUAGGAUCAAGAACGAGGGGAGAAACGAAAUUUAAGAAAACAAUUAAUCUUCAUGGGAGGAUCAAAAUCAAAGAGAACUACUAGGCUAUCAUCAAACAUAGGACUUGGAGGAGUCCUUAGAGAGCAAAGAGCAAGGCUAUACAUAAUUAGAAGAUGUGUGGUCAUGCUCCUAUGUUGGCAUGAGUAGUGUUUUUAGUAAUUUAGAAUAGUGUGUGUGAGGACUUGAAGUCCAAUUCAGCUUGCUUCAAUUUACUCGGCAAAUGCAGCAUAUAUGGGUUCUUUCUUGGAAUAGCUUGCAUCAAAAUUAUAGUUAAUUAUAUCAAGAGUUCAUACUUAUGUCCAAAAGCCACUUUAAUCUAUGAGCUUUUCAUUGAUGAUUAGCUAAGAUUGAAUGGUCAUUUUGUUGGUGGAUCUCAUCCAAAUUCCUUGUAUCUUAUAUUUUCUUCCACUCACCCUCCUAUUUGUUUGUGGUAUACCAUGCAUAGGAACCAUUUGGAAAAGAUGCUCAUUAGUAAUAUGUAUAUGUAUGUAUUUGUGUUUUUUCGAUUGAUUGUCUACUGACUCUUAACGAU